AUGGCUUCCCUCCGCCCACUCCGAACCCAUCCCCUCCCAAAAACCUUCUUCACCGCCUCCGCCCGCAGUCUCGCCACCGUUUCCCCCACCUCCAGCUCCACCAGCAAAAAUGACACCGGCACAGCCAUCGUCCUCCUCAACAUGGGCGGCCCCAGCACGAUCCCCGAAGUGUCCACCUUCCUGUCACGUCUCUUCGCCGACGCGGACCUGAUCCCGCUCGGCCCGCUCCAGAAAUACCUCGGCCCGCUGAUCGCCCGUCGACGCACCCCCAAAAUCGAAGCUCAAUACACCGUGAUUGGCGGGGGCUCUCCGAUCCGUCGCUGGAGCGAAAUCCAAGCGCAGGGAGCAUGCAAGAUCCUCGAUCUUAGCCACCCAGCCACGGCGCCGCACAAGCCCUACGUAGCGUUCCGGUAUGCGGACCCGAUUACGGAGGACACGUUCCUGGCGAUGAAGCGGGACGGAGUGAGGCGGGCGGUGGCAUUCACGCAGUAUCCGCAAUACAGCUGCUCCACCACCGGGAGCAGUCUCAACGAGCUGUGGCGCCUGGCGAAGAAAUACGAUCCCGAGGGUCAGAUCGAGUGGUCGGUGAUCGACCGCUGGCCUACGCACCCGGGACUGGUGAGCGUGGUGGCACGGCACGUCGAGGAGAAGCUGGCGACUUACCCCGCCGACCGCCGGGAUAACGUGGUGUUGCUGUUUUCUGCGCAUUCGCUGCCGAUGAGUGUUGUUAACCGCGGAGACCCAUACCCGGCGGAAGUCGCGGCGACGGUGCAUGCGGUGAUGGAGAAGCUGGGGUUCAAGAACGCACAUCGGCUGGUGUGGCAGAGUCAGGUCGGGCCGAGUCCGUGGUUGGGCGCACAGACUAGUAAUACGGUGGAGAGUUAUGUCAAGAAGGGACAGACGGAUCUGUUGUUGAUCCCGAUUGCGUUCACGAGUGAUCACAUCGAGACUCUGCAUGAGCUGGACUUGGAGAUCAUUGAGGAGACGGGCCAGGAGGGCAUCAAGCGUGCCGAGAGCUUGAAUGGCGAUCCAGAGUUUAUUCAGGCACUCGCGGAUAUUGCGAAGUCGCACCUGGAAGGGACCCAGAGGAGCUCGAAGCAGAUGGCGUUGAGGUGUCCGAUGUGUGUCUCUGCCCGAUGUGAGGCACAGAAGAAUUUCUUUGCUACGGGGAAGCAUCCGGAAUAG